AUGGCUUCAAUUGUUCGACCUGCAGCAAUGCUUCGGCAGUCAUGUCUCACGGCUGCUGCCAAACGGACGUUCUCCAGCAAGCCUGCCUCGACGUUCCCCGCCAUCAACAAGCCUGCGUCCAGUAUUCUUUCCAGACAAGCUGUCCGCAGCAGAUUUGCGAAGGAUGCUCUGCCAGGUUCAAUGCGAGUAGCUGCCUUCCAUGCCAGCGGGCGACAAGCAAUUCUUCCUCCCCUGCCCCAAACCAUUGAAGGAACCGUCAACGAUGCCACUCCCGUCGCACCCGCAAACCCGGCCAGCGGCUCUUACCACUGGACAUUCGAGCGCGUCCUUGCAGCUGGCCUGAUCCCGCUCACAAUCGCACCAUUCGCAGCAGGAACAUUAAAUCCAGCGACAGACGCCAUCCUCUGUGGCGCCAUCCUCAUCCACUCGCAUAUUGGAUUCGACGCCCUUAUUGUCGACUACGUCCCCCCCAAACGUUUGCCAAAGACGAGGAAGCUGUUUGAUUGGGGGCUGAAGCUUGCUACGGUCGUGGUUGGCGUAGGGCUAUACGAGUUUGAGACGAACGACGUGGGUGUUACUGAGGGAAUCAAGAGAAUUUGGACCGCAUAA